ACCUCGGCAGUCGGCGUGUGUAGGGGCUGGCGGGCAGCGCCCGCUCCGCGGCCGUCAGGCAGGACCGGUUGCGCUGCACUCCGGCCGACGGGGUUGUCGGUUUGCCGGACAACGGCCCUUCGACGGCCGGACUCGCGAGUCUGCUCGGCCUCGGUGGAGUCGCGAUGGAUACUGACUCAAAGUUGCCCGAUGCCUUAUUUCCCAUCACUCAGUCCAUCGGUCCGCUGCCCUGACCAGAGCAACAGGACAUUCGGAGGCCACGAAGUUGUCUGCUCGCGCAAUGCCACACAACGCGUCGACUCUGAGCUCGGCCGGACGAUGGAUGGCGCCGCGGUGAAGCUUCGUUUUCGGCCACCGCGAUCGAUAAACAGGCCUUCAAGUUUAAAAAAGCCAGAAGCCCAGCAGCAGCAGCAGCCCGCCAGUGGCCACGCUCGAGGACGCCGCGAAGCUCUCAUCGCCUCAGUCGACACGACAAGGCGCGUAGAGACGUUGUUUGUGCAACCCUGCCCUUCGCGACGUGGCGACACGACGCGGAUGCCGCCUUCUCGCUGUGACCAGACCCGUCACAUCGGCACACACCAACACUGA